AUGUACAUACACACAGAAACAUGUACACACACGCACAGAGACACAUGUACAUACACACACAGACACGCAUACACACAGAUACAUGUACAUACACAGAAAUACACACGCACAGACACAUGUACAUACAUACAAAGACACAUGUACAUACAUACAAAGACACAUGUACAUACAUACAUAGACACAUGUACACACAGACACAUGUACGUACAUACACACAAACACACACACACAUGUACAUGCGCACACACACACGUACACAUACAUGUGCAUACACGCAGACACAUGUGCAGAUACAGACAUGUACAUACACAGACACACACACACAAACACACACACGCUGUUAAGUGCUCUCUCCUCUCCCCUGAAGCCACCACUGGCUGACAUACAGGAUCAUGUGACCAGAGUGAGCUGAAAUUAGGUAGGCACACACACACCCCUAUAAAAAGUUCCAGUACUUCGUUG